AGCUAAUGUGUGGAGCCUGAUGCGCGUAUCACACCUGCAGUGGCUGAAAGCUCCCGCGAGCUGUCACGUCGAUAUCAUCGCGAAUAAGUAAUGCAUCAUGCGCCGAGCCACUGAAAAAUUAAGAGUCGUAAAUUGACACAUAAGGCUGCAAGACGUGCAAGUGCAGUGUUGUACCUAUAUAUUUGCGUCUCGCGCCGUGUAGGCGUGUACCAGCUCAGCGGCGAGGAAGGGAAGGGGGAAGAUUCGGGGGAAAAAGAAAGAGUAUAGAAGAAGCCCCGCUAAGUAAGCAAACAUGUCGUCUACUGCGUCGUUGUUACAUCAAGAGCAUCGGAGCAGCGGUGGUGGUGGUAUCGCUACGAUAUUGUUAUUGUUGUCAUUCGGUGUCAGUGUUCGGCAUCAGCAGCUGUUGACGGAGGACCAGUGUUGUCCGGAUAACCAAGUCUCUACGAUGAUAACGAGACUCGCGAUGCUCGACAAAUGCUAAAUAUACAAGAGAGAAAUAUCCGAGAAGUUGGGGAAAAAAAAAGUGUAUUCAAAACAUUACUUUACACAGUGUAAUUUUAUAAUUAGUUUAAGCAUAAUUAUUGAGAGCACGCAGUUGACGCUUUGAGGCUGUCUGGAAACCAUGGCGGUCUCGCACGCCUUGGGAAUGGGUGAGAUCGUCCAUCUGAAUGUUGGUGGUACCAGGUUCUCCACCUCGCGACAAACUUUGUCCUGGAUUCCCGACUCGUUUUUCACGGCUCUACUGAGCAAUCGCAUCGCAAGCAGGAGAGAUGAGAACGGAGCGUUAUUCAUAGACAGAGAUCCAAAGAUAUUUUCAGUCAUUCUUAAUUACCUGCGUACUAAAGAUGUUGAUUUGACUGACGUUAAUAUACGUACAUUAAGACAUGAAGCAGAGUAUUAUGGCAUUACGCCACUGGUUAAAAGACUGAUGCUGUGUGAAGAUUUGUCACUAUCUCCAUGUGGGGACAUACUAUUCUAUGGCUAUUUACCGCCUCCAAACAUUCCAUUACAAGAAGCUACUGUUGCAACUACAACAAUAACCACGACUGUUAGUGAUGUAUCUGUUCAUGGUAGGCAACCAGGAGCCAAUUCAGUCCCUCCACCUAGAUCUGAAGCUUCAUCAAUAUCCCAACCUACAGUUAGUUCAUCCAAUUCUCCAGCACAAGUUGCAAAUUCUAACUACAGAGUAUCACAAAGAGGACACUCACAUUCGCGAACACCAUCGCUUGAUCUUAGGCAUGCCAGGAACAGUUCAGCAGACUUGAAUAAGUUAUUCAAAAAUGACAUAGGACUGAUAUUUAAUCCACUAACUGGCUGGGCAGACCCACUUAGGGUUCAAAUCAUAAAAGCCCAUCACAAUUGGAUAGCGAUAGCUUACGCGCACUUCAUAACGUGUUAUCGUUUAAAAGAUUCGUGUGGCUGGCAACACGUAUUUACAAGUCCACAUGUCGAAUCUGUGAUCGAGCGGGUUGCUAUCAAUGCAAAAAUGGGCAUGGGUGCCCAUGAAGGAAAGAUGGUUGCUAUCUCGUAUGGCAGCCAAGUGAGACUGUGGUCUGUCACCGAAGAUGGCAUUAAAACAAACAUCGGAACAUUUAAUUUGAACGUAAGGGUUGAGUUUUUGUUUUUUAUUGGAAGUCAAUUAGUUGCUUUAUCGCCAACGGGAAAAAUCGGAGUGUGGCAUGCAAUGACCCAUCAUUGGCAGAUUCAAGAUGUAGUAUCCAUCUCGUCAUUCGAUACUGCUGGAUCAUUCCUUUUAUUGGGAUGCAAUAACGGAUCAAUCAAUUAUAUUGAUAUGCAAAAGUUUCCUUUGAGGAUGAAAGACAACGAUUUACUUGUAACACAGUUGUACAGAGAUCCUAGCAAUGAUCCUAUCACCGCGAUUUCAGUAUAUCUGACACCGAAAACAACACAAGGUCUCUGCGGCAAUUGGAUCGAAAUAGCUUAUGGCACUAAAUCAGGGAGUGUCAGGGUAAUAGUACAGCAUCCGGAAACAGUCGGUCAUGGGCCUCAGCUCUUUCAAACUUUUACUGUACAUCAGAGCAGUGUCACAAAGGUGACGCUGUCAGAAAAGUAUUUGGUCUCGGUAUGCUCCGAAUAUAAUCACGUCAGAACGUGGGCUGUUACGAGAUUUAGGGGCAUGAUUUCGACACAACCGGGAUCGACUCCUGAAGCCAGUUUUAAAGUCGUUUCUUUGGAUGCUGUCGAGCCUUGCAUUAGCUACAAUGCUGGAAAUGAUUUUGGUCCCUUUGGUGAGCAAGACGACGAGCAGGUGUUCGUUCAAAAGGUUGUGCCGGAAACUGACCAACUGUUUGUGAGACGGGCAUCCAACGGCAAACGCGUGUGUGUCAUUCAAUCGAUAGACGGAAGCGUAAUCACAUCAUUCUGCGCGCACGAGUGUGAGGGCUCUAGUCGUAUGGGCUCACGACCGAGGCGUUUUAUAUUCACAGGACACUCGAAUGGAGCCAUACAAAUGUGGGAUCUUACAACAGCGCUUGAACCAAAUUACAGCGCAUUAGUAGCCAAAGAAUCUUCAGGAGGACCCACGCCGGAGGAAUUAUGGAAAUUACUGGAUCAGUGCGAUUUGAGCAACAGUCACUGUUCGACACCGAGUAUCAGUCCAUCCCCAUCUUUGAUAGCUUCAGGACCGAGAAUAAAGGCGAGCAACCUUUUGUUCCUCAACCAAUCGCAAAAUUCGAAUUCGUCGGUAGGAUCCAACCAACUUUAAGUGAAAAACAUCAACAGUUUUAGAAAUUAUUUUUGCAUUUAUUUUGUACAUAGGAACAUUGUUGAUUUUUUCUCAAUUUUUUCACUGACUGAGUCUACUUUCGUAUUUACGAUUAAUUACAAUCAACAAAUUGUGUCAAAUUGAUAAAUUCCUACUUGUCGUUAUAUUUGAUUAGGAUUUGAGCUUUAUAAGGCAGCAAUAAUUUUCACUGUGAUUUUUAAAUUGUAAAUAAUACUUUCAUUAAUAAACAAUCUCGUUGUAAUUUUUAUAUAUAUAUAUGUAUAUAUUCUUAA